AUGAAUAUUGAAUCAAGUUUAGAAAACAUUGUAGAAGAAAUUACGGAAGAAAAUACAGAAGAAGAUUUAUCAAAUUUUUCUUUAUCAACAAAAAAUACAAAUUUUAAAAAAAGAAAAUAUUCUGGAGAAGAAGCUUCUAAUACUAAUAAUAUUCAAACUCGAAAGAUAAAACAAUUACAAAUUACAAAGCAUUUUAAUAGUAUUACUUCUUUACCUAUUGUAAAAGCAAAUGAACUUGAUCAAACAAUUCUUAAAGCAUGGAAACAUUACGAAUUGAAAAAAAAAAUUGAUACCGAAUUGGAAAAAAGCAAUCAUUUAACUAUUAGUCUUGAUGGAUGGACCUCUUCAAGACAUGAUUCUAUUUAUAAUUAUAUUAUAACAACUUCAACAAGAAAGGAAUAUCUUAUAAAACUCAAAUCAUACAAUGUAAAAAAACAAACUGGAACAUUUAUAGCAGAAGAAGUUUAG